AUGCAAGGUGAAGAAUAUAGUGAUGACGAAGAAGUGGACGUUGAAGAAAUUCUAAAACAGGCGGAAAAUAUAGAAUGUGUUGAUGAAAGCAGCAUAAAAAAAAUCGGAGUGCUUUUAAAAAAGAAGAAAACAAAAAAUGAAAGAGACAGAAUGGAAUAUCCAGAGGAACCUGAAAAAUGGGUAAGCAGUGAAGUGGAUUUAGAUGAAAUAUUAGUAAAUUUGAAGAAUUUAAGUGUAUGUACAAACUUAUAUAAAAGUAUGAUAGAUUCAGAUAUAUUUGGGGAGAUCAUUGAUUUGUUAAAUCAUCCUAAUAAUGAUAUUGUUAUAGAAGUUAUUGAUAUUAUUAAAGAGAUUACUAAUCCAUCUAAUAUAUAUGAAUUAGAUAAAGAAUUGAAUGAUAUAAUGAUACAAUAUUUAAAUAAAAAAAAACUAUGUCAUUUUCUUAUAAAUGUAUUAGAUAAAAUAAAUGAAGAAGAAAAUGAUGAAUAUUAUAAUGCUAUGACAUCUAUUCUUAAUAUUUUAGAUAAUAUAUUUGAAUUAGAAAAUGAUUUACAAAAUGAUUUAUUAAAAAAUUCUAAAUUAUUAUUUUUUUUAUUAAAUAGAAUUAAUAAUGAAAUUAAAAGUGAUGAUUCAAAUUCACUUUAUGCUAGUGAAAUUUUUGUAUUACUCAUUUUAAGAAUUAAUCAAUUUUCUCAAAACGUAUAUGAUGAUUUUUAUUAUAUUAUAUCUAUUUUUAAUCCUAUCUUAAAAUAUAUUUCUAAAUAUAAAGAUAAAGAUCCUGAAAGUAUUAAUAAAAAAGAAAUCUUAUUAAACUAUUUCCAGGCCUUAGGAAAUUUAUUACUCUUAAAUAAAAAUAAAAAUGUAUUUCUAAAUACAAUCGGAUUUGAGCUUAUGCUUAAAUUAUUAAGUGAAAGGAAAUUUUUAUGUUUUCCAUCUCUUAAGAUUUUCGCUAUCUUAUUGAAUGAUAACGAAUCAUGUAAUAAAUUUAUUGAAAUGAAUGGACUCAAAUAUUUAUUUUGUCUAUUUAUGUUAAGAGAUAUUAAAAAACAAAAUCAUAUGAAUGUAUUCGAAUUUGAAGAAAAUAUUAUAAUCAUUAUAUCAAAUUUGUGUUUAUUCUGUACAGGCACAUUUCAAGGAAGAGUACUCAAUAAAUUUGGAGAAAAGAAAUGUGAAAAAAUUAUAAGACUAUUAGAAAUAAGGCAAAAAUAUCAUGAAGUUAUAACUAAGGAUAAAAAAAAAAAACAAAAAAAUAAAAAUCAAGUAAAUGAUAAUUUAAAAAAAAUGAAUAUUCAAAUUGAUGAAGAUUCUAAAAAGAACUUGGAAUAUAUAGAAUUAUGUGAUAAAGGUUAUCUAAUAUAUCAACUAACAGAUGUAAUAUUGAUAGCUCUUUUUUAUAUGAAUAAUACAUAUGUUUGCAAUAAUAUUUUUAUACAUUUGUAUACAAGAAAUAUAGAUAUACAGUCUAUAUAUGAAAAUAUAUUAGAUUUUUUGGAUUGCUUAGAUGAUGAGGAUUUAGAUGAAAAGCUAAAUGACAUGCUUACACAUUUUCUAACAUCUUCAAAAGAAUCAAAUCUAUUUUUAUAA